UUAAUCCUAAAAUCUCUAAUUUCAUAUACAAACCCUAAUCCUAACUUCAUCACACACAUACACUAACCUUAACUCCUUCACUUGCAGCUGCCACCCUCACCUCCUUACCCCCUCACACCCGUGACACAUACACACAACACCACACACACGCGCAGAGAUGGAGAAAGGGAGAAGAGAGGGAGAAACGAAGGAGGAAGAAAAAGAGAAGGGGGAGGAGAAGAAGAGGACGGCGUUGGAGGGAUGGUGUCACUGUCGCUGUCACUGUUGAACCAGAGGAGGAAGAGAGACAUGCACGGCGUUCAGAGAGAGAGGAGGAGCUGCCGCCGUCGAUCAUGCUCCUCGCGCCGUCGCGAAAGUCACCACGCGUCGCUGCCGUUGGAGCUGAGAGGAGCUGCCGUCGUUGAGGUUUUUGUCGUCGCCAUCAUCGUGGUUGGAGGCAUAGAGGUUCGCAAAGAGAGAGAAGAUGCGCGAGAAGAGAGAGAGCUCACGCUGCCAUUCAUCGUCGCCAUCGAGCUCGCCGUCGAAGGCUGCCAUCGCCGCUGUCUGGGUCGCGGUGGUCAAAGCCGCCGCCGUUGGAGUUCGCCGGAGUUGUUCAGGGGUAGCUAUUGCUUCUUUUGGUUCUAUUCUAGUUGUGCCGCCAUGCCUGGUCGCUGAAAAAUAGCAUUGAUGUCGUCGGAUGUCGCUACAGGAGCCGUUGCUACUCCAUUCUCAGUUCUUUUUUGUGUAAUAAGUUGUUUUGCUCUGAAAACUCUUUUAGUCGCUGUUCUGUUAUGUGUUUUUGAGAUUUUUGCGGCAUUAUUGCCAUAGGGUUGAGUUCUGGUUAUUGCAUGUCGCGAUUAAAGUUGCUGCUGUUGUUGCAAAAGUAGUAUGGAGCGGCUGUCGCUGUUGCGGGCCAAGAGAAAAAUAGUCUUUAUGUAUUUUGUGGCUUACGAGUUUUGACUAUUCGAGGUAGGGGGAUUUUUCUUAAACCCAUUUUAUUUCCAAAAAUUAUUAUAAAUUGAUAUUGAUAUGAAAAAUAUAUUUUUGUGAUUA